GGCGGAACGAAUUGUUAAAAGAGAGAGCAAAUAGGAAAUGUGAGAAGAGCCCCCAUCACUGUGCUGGGGAGAGAAGAGAAGAGAAGAGACUGAAAUAGAAAGGAGCAAGCGAGCAAAGCUAGGUACUGGGUGUUCUCAAACGCCAUUGUAGUCCUCGUAAAGGUACACAGCUCUCACUAAAAGCCAUAGCUUUCUGUAGCUCCUUCUGUAACUGCUACAAGGUUUUCAUUUCGCACCUGGGGGUUUACUUGUAGGGUUUUGAACUCCUUCGAGUUCUUCCAUUCAGGAAAAAGAAAACAGAAAAGAAAAAUAAAAAAACGAAGAAGAAGAAGAAGAAGAAGAAGACCAUCUCAGCUUGUAUCUAUACUGAAAACAAAUAUCAUUAUAAAAAGUUACCGUUAGAGGGAUGGAGGAGGCACCCUCUUGCUCAUCUAUUUUAGAUGGGGAAAUAGUGGGAAUAAGAUUUUCAUUGGCCAAUGGUCAAGAAAUUUGUAUUGCAGCUAUCAGUGAUUGCCCUAUUACCCAUGCUAGUCAGCUCUCAAAUCCAUUUCUUGGUCUGCCAAUUGAAUUUGGAAAAUGUGAAUCAUGUGGUACUUCUGAACCUGGGAAGUGUGAAGGCCAUUUUGGAUAUAUUGAAUUACCAAUUCCCAUUUAUCAUCCCAAUCACAUAACUGAAUUGAAGAAAAUGUUAAGUUUGCUGUGUUUGAAGUGCUUAAAAAUGAAAAAAACCAAGUUUCCUUCGAAGAAUAUUGGUUUUGCAGAAAGAUUGUUAUCCGCAUGUUGUGAGGAUGCUUCACAAGUUUCUAUUCGAGAGGCAAAAAAAGCAGACGGUGCUAGUUACUUGCAACUAAAAGUACCAUCUAGGACUUCACUACGAGAAGGAUUUUGGGAUUUUUUAGAAAGAUAUGGUUUCCGUUAUGGUGAUAAUCUCACUCGAACCUUGCUCCCUUGCGAGGUGAAGGAAAUGCUGAAAAAAAUUCCCAAUGAGACCAGAAAAAAGCUUGCUGGCAGAGGUUAUUGUCCUCAGGACGGAUAUAUCUUGCAAUAUUUACCAGUCCCUCCCAACUGCUUGUCGGUACCAGAAAUUUCUGAUGGUGUUACUGUCAUGUCUUCGGAUCCAGCUGUUUCAAUGCUGAAGAAAAUUCUUAAGCAAGUGGAAAUCAUUAGAGGUUCUAGGUCUGGUGCUCCAAAUUUUGAAUCCCAUGAAGUAGAAGCUAAUGACUUGCAAUUGGCCGUUGAUCAAUAUCUCCAAGUUAGAGGAACUGUUAAGGCAUCUCGUGGCAUAGAUGCACGAUAUGGUGUUAAUAAAGAGUUAAAUGAUCCUUCCACUAAAGCAUGGCUUGAGAAAAUGAGAACUUUGUUUAUUCGAAAGGGCUCUGGUUUCUCUUCUCGCAGUGUGAUUACUGGAGAUGCUUACAAACUAGUUAAUGAAAUUGGCGUACCUUUUGAAGUAGCACAAAGGAUCACAUUCGAGGAGAGGGUUAGUGUGCAUAACAUAAAGUAUUUACAGGAACUGGUGGACAAGAAGUUAUGUUUAACCUACAGAGAUGGUUCUUCUGCCUAUUCACUUCGUGAAGGUUCAAUGGGCCAUACUUAUCUGAAACCUGGUCAAAUAGUUCAUCGGCGGAUCAUGGAUGGAGACAUUGUUUUCAUCAAUCGACCUCCAACUACUCAUAAACAUUCUUUGCAAGCUCUGAGGGUGUAUCUGCACGAUGACCACACAGUCAAGAUCAACCCUCUAAUAUGUGGACCCUUGAGUGCAGAUUUUGAUGGUGAUUGUAUUCAUCUAUUUUAUCCCCAGUCCAUUGCAGCAAAAGCUGAGGUGUUGGGACUUUUCUCUGUGGAAAAACAGCUGCUUAGCUCUCACAGUGGGAAUCUGAAUUUGCAGUUGGCUAAUGAUUCAUUGUUGUCUCUCAAGAUGAUGUUCAGGAAAUAUUUCUUGGACAAAGCUGCUGCACAGCAACUGGCCAUGUUUGUUUCUUCGUAUCUGCCACCUCCUGCCUUAUUGGGAGUUCGUUCUGGAAGUCUUCAUUGGACUGCUUUGCAGAUACUACAAACUGUGUUGCCUGCAUGUUUUGACUGCCAUGGGGAUAGUUACUUGAUAAAGAAUAGCGAUUUUCUUAAAUUUGACUUUGACAGAGAUGCUAUGCCAUCAUUAAUUAAUGAAAUUUUGACGUCAAUUUUUUUUCAGAAGGGUCCUGAAGAGGUUCUGAGAUUUUUUGAUUCUUUACAGCCGUUAUUGAUGGAACAUAUAUUUUCAGAAGGUUUCAGUGUUGGCUUGGAUGAUUAUUCCAUGCCCAUGGCAUUUUUACAAGCUCUUCAAAAGAAUAUUCAAGUUAUAUCACCUUUGCUGUAUCAGUUAAGGUCAACAUUCAACGAGCUGGUGGAGUUGCAGUUAGAGAAUCACAUUCGAGCAGUUAAAGUUCCAUUUACAAACUUUAUCUUAAAAUUAUCUUCAUUAGGGAAAUUAUUUGACUCCAAAAGUGAUUCAGCUGUUAACAAGGUGGUUCAACAAAUUGGGUUUCUUGGAUUGCAGCUUUCUGACAAGGGAAAAUUUUAUUCCAAGACAUUGAUCGAGGAUGUGGCCUCUCUGUUUCACAAUAGAUAUUCUUCUGAUAAAAUUGACUAUCCUUCUGCUGAAUUUGGAUUGGUCAAAGGAUGUUUUUUCCAUGGUUUGGAUCCAUAUGAGGAAAUGGUCCAUUCAAUUUCCACAAGAGAGGUAAUGGUUCGUUCAUCGAGAGGGCUUACUGAACCUGGAACUCUUUUCAAAAACUUGAUGGCCAUCCUUCGAGAUGUUGUUAUUUGUUAUGAUGGUACUGUGAGGAAUGUUUGUAGCAAUUCCAUCAUUCAACUUGAAUAUGGAAUGAAGGCUGGAAUGAUGAAGCCUUAUAGUUUAUUUCCUCCUGGUGAACCGGUUGGUGUUCUAGCAGCUACCGCCAUGUCGAAUCCUGCUUAUAAGGCAGUUCUUGAUUCUACUCCUAGCAGCAAUUCAUCAUGGGACAUGAUGAAGGAGAUUCUUCUUUGCAAGGUCAGUUUUAAGAAUGAGCCUAUUGAUCGUCGGGUGAUAUUAUAUCUGAAUAAUUGUGCUUGUGGUAGAAAAUAUUGCAAUGAAAAUGCAGCGUAUGUGGUUAAGAGUCACCUGAAGAAAGUCACCCUUAAAGAUGCGGCAGUGGAUUUCAUGAUCGAAUAUAACAGACAACCGACUCCCUCAGGGCUUGGUCCUGGGCUUGUUGGUCAUGUGCAUCUUAACAAGAUGCUCCUUAAAGAAUUGAAGAUAGACAUGACUGAAGUUUUACGAAGAUGCCAAGAGACUAUCAGUUCUUUCAGGAAGAAGAAGAAGAAAAUUGCUCAUGCUUUACGAUUCUCUAUCAGUGAACAAUGCUCUUUCCAUCAAUGGAAUGGAGAAGAGAGCACUGAUAUGCCAUGUCUAAUAUUCUGGCACGAGACAAGAGAUGUUCAUUUGGAGAGAACUGCACACAUCCUUGCUGACGUAGUCUUUCCCCUGCUUUCAGAAACAAUCAUCAAAGGUGACCCUCGGAUCAGUUCUGCAAAUGUGAUCUGGAUUAGUCCAGAUUCAACCAGCUGGCAAAAAAAUCCUUCCAGGUGGCAGGAUGGUGAACUAGCGUUGGAUGUCUGUCUGGAAAAAUCGGCAGUGAAACAAAAUGGUGAUGCUUGGAGGAAUGUGCUGGACUGUUGCCUACCUGUUAUUCACUUGAUUGAUACCAGAAGAUCAGUUCCUUAUGCCAUCAAACAAGUUCAGGAUCUGCUUGGCAUUUCAUGUGCUUUUGAUCAAAUGAUCCAGCGGCUUUCAAAGUCAGUGUCAAUGGUUUCAAAAGGUGUUCUUGGAGAUCAUCUCAUUCUGCUGGCAAACAGUAUGACAUGCACAGGAAAUAUGAUUGGCUUCAAUUCAGGUGGAUAUAAAGCAUUAUCUCGUGCACUGAACAUCCAAGUACCAUUUACAGAAGCAACUUUGUUUACACCAAGAAAAUGUUUCGAGAGAGCUGCUGAGAAAUGUCAUAAGGAUUCUUUAUCAAGCAUAGUGGCCUCCUGUUCUUGGGGUAAACAUGUUGCUGUUGGUACAGGAUCAAGGUUUGACAUCCUUUGGGACCAAAAAGAGUUAGGAUGCAAACAAGAUGAUGUUGUGGAUGUUUAUAACUUUUUACACAUGGUGAGAAGUAGUAAAUCAGAAGAGCCAACGUCUGCAUGCCUAGGUGAAGAGAUUGAGGAUAUAAUGGUAGAAGAUGAAUAUGGUGAGUUGACUCUGUCCCCAGAGCCUUUGACUUCUGAGAAGCCAGUUUUUGAAGACAGUGCUGAAUUUGAACACUGUUUGGAUAAUUAUCCUGGAGAAUCAAAGUGGGAAAAAGCUCCAUCUCUUGGGGCUGUUUCCACUGGUGGUGGGCAGUGGGAAAAUAAUGAAAAUGGGAAGGCUACUAACUCGUCCGAUGACAAUGACUGGUCUGGAUGGGGGAGAAAAGCUGAACCUGAUGUGGCCAAUACAAAUGCCCAAGAGAAUACUUCAAACUCUGCUUGGGAUACUACGCCAAGUUGGGGAAAUAAAGCUACUAAUACUUCAAACGACAAUGACUGGUCAAAUUCUGGUACAAAAGAAGUUGAACGGGAUUCCUUUACUUCCAUGGAGAAAACUCCAAAAUCUGGAGGUUGGGAUACUGCAUCUACUUGGGGGACAAAAACAAAAGAUGUAGAUGGCUUUAAAGGUGACACAGCGCCAGAAAAAUCAAAUCUGUGGUCUGGUUUGCAGAACGAGAAAGCUGAAACACAAGAUGCCUUCCAUAAAAAGGUUGAGAUGACCUCUAAAUCUAGGGGAUGGGAAGAUAAGGCUUGGUCAAGAGGAAGUUCUAAAACAGAAGAUAAUUGGUCUAGUCAGGUGAAGGAUAAAGCUGAAUCAUUCCAGGUUCAGGUGCAAGAAGUUUCUUCCAAAACCAAUGGCUGGGGUUCUGCAGGCAGUUGGAGAAAGAAUUCUGGAGAUGAUCAUCAAUCUGAAGCAGGCUGGAACGAUGGCCAGGCAUCAAUGGACCUAGAUAAGGUGUCUGAUAGAUGGGAUAGCAGGGCCACCGACAGGAUGGAGAGCCAGCGGACAUCUAGUUGGGGUUCUCAAACUGUUUGUGACUCGAAGGAUAGCUUUCCAUCCAAAGCCGUGGAGCAUAGUGAUGCAGUUCUCAAUCAUUCUUGGGAUCAACAUAAAUCACCAGAGGCUUCCCAGGGAUUUGGCAAUGAUGUCUGGGGGCAACAGAAAUCACGGGAAGUUAUAAAACCUUCACAUGUUAACAAUGAAUCAAAUCAACGUGGCUGGGGCUCCCAAAUUGAGUCAAACGAAGGAUCAGGUCAUGGGUUUGAUCAAGUUACCAGUGAGCAUAAAUCUUCUGACACAGGAGGUUGGGACUCUCAGGAGAAGAUGGAUAAGCCAUGGGACAAACAGAAAUCUACAGAGGCUUCACAAAGUUGGGGAUCUCAGGAGAAGAUGGAUAAGCCAUGGGACACACAGAAAUCUACGGAGGCUUCACAAAGUUGGGGAUCCCAAAAUGACUCACUGGGUUCGUGGGGACAACCCCAGAGGGCAGCUGAAGAAUUUAGUCGGGGAUCUCAGGAUGAUUCAAAUACACAAUUUAGUCAACUGAAACCUCCAGAAACUUCAUUAGGUUGGGAACAAAAAUCACCGGAAGUUUCUCAUGGUUGGGGUUCUCAUAAAGAGUCUAGUGAACAGACAAGUUCACAUGGAUGGGAUAAGAAGAAUCAAGGGUCAAAAGGUUGGGGUGGAAAUGCUGGGGAGUGGAAAAAUAGGAAGAACCGUCCUCCGAAAUCUCCUGGAGUUUUGAACGAUGAUUCUAAUUUACGCGCAAUAUUUACUGCAUCAGGACAACGGUUGGAUAUGUUUACAACUGAAGAACAAGAUAUUCUUGCAGAUAUUGAACCCAUAAUGCAAUCUAUCAGAAAAGUUAUGCAUCAAUCUGGGUACAAUGAUGGGGAUCCAUUGUCUGCUGAAGAUCAGUCCUUCGUACUUCAAAGUGUAUUCAACUUCCAUCCUGACAAAGCUGCAAAAAUGGGCGCUGGAAUUGACCACUUCAUGGUUAGUCGGCACAGCAGUUUUCAGGAAAGCAGGUGUUUUUACGUUGUGACAACCGACGGCCAUAAAGAGGACUUUUCAUAUCGUAAAUGCCUUGAUAAUUUCAUCAAAGGCAAGUAUCCUGACCUGGCCGAAAUGUUUGUGGCCAAGUACUUUAGGAAACCUCGUCCAAAUAGAAACCGAGACCGGAACUCUGCAUCUGAGGAAAAUGAGAAUAAAAACAUUGGUGGAGAGCUGACUCCAAUUCCAGAAGAAUCUCAAAAUGGCAGUCAAUAAUAGUGAUGGUGUCUUGGCAUUUGAAUAGCUCAGGAACCAGCCCCUCUUCUAUAAUAGAGGUAAAAAAUGAUCACAUUGUCUGGUAUUUUGCCUUGUACAUAGGAGGCAUAUGAUUUUGUAUUUUGUGGGGUCAACAAGAGGAAGAAAUUUCCAGCUUUGUAGCAAGCCUCAGCUCCUUUUCCCCAUAUAUAUAAAAAGCAGUUCUCAGUUCAUUGGUGUUUAACUUGUCCUGUUGCAUUAGAAGUUGGUUAGGCUGUCUUCUUUUUAUUAACUUGCUCUUCCAAAAAUCAGUUCAUUACUAAUUUUCUUAGGCUCCCUCAAUCCCAACUUCUCCUAAAGCCUUAAGAAUUUGACUAGCAAUUGAAAAUGGCUCAACUGUUGUACUUGCUAUACUGCUGUCUUGUUGCAAUCCUUGCCUCCUAUGGAAAAGCUUGUUUGUGUAUGUUGAAGAUUCAAUGAUUCUGACUCUGCAAAACAGUUGCCAUCUGUAUUGAUAGUGGAAGUCCCACAAGAUUUGUACAUAGCCUGAAAACAAGAUUUUUCUGAUCAAUUUCAAUAGUAGACUAAUUUUGAAUUGAGCGCACCGA